AUUUAGCAUCCUCUCGAGCAGAGUAAUCUUGCUGAAGUGUUCGGAGCUGGAUUUCUUUUCCCUUCUCUGACUCCGGGUAUUUUUAAAUGUCCGGGUUUCAGGAUCUUUCAGUUUUUCCCAUGGAGGUCGUUUUAUCACGUAAAGAAGAGGUUUCCUCCAAGCAGCAGGAGAGGAGCUCCAGUCAGAACCAGUUUACCAACCUUAUACAGAUUAAAGAGGAACCAGAAGAAGUGUGGAGCAGUCAGGAGGGAGAGCAGCUUCAAGAGCCAGAGGAGGGUGAUAUCAUUAAAUUCACAUUUUUCCCUGUCCCUGUGAAAGGUGAAUAUGAUGGGGAGAUACCUCAGUCCUCACAGUUUCAACCUGAGCAGACGGAAACAAGAGCUGAUCAAGAGGAGCAUAAUAAGCCAGAAACAGCCAGGUACUUUGAUAUAGAGAUAAAUUUAGAACCAGAGACUGAGUUCAAGAUUGAAGACUACUCUGGAGCUGACACUGAUGACAGUGCUGAUUGGAGGGGGACAACAGAACAGCAGUCUGAUUCAAGCUCAGUCAACGACAUAAAAAAUGAGAGAACAAAGAAUGUAAAUAAUUCACAUUGCUGCACUGAGUGUGGUAAAAGAUUCAAGAAGAAAUGUCAACUUACAGAUCAUGUGAGAAUUCACACAAAAGAGAAACCCUUCAGCUGCUCACAAUGUGGUAAAUUAUUUACCCAGCAAAGAAAUAUGACCAAACACAUGAAAAUCCACUUAGAGGAGAAACCCUUCACUUGCUCUGAGUGUGGUCAAAAAUUUACCGAGAAAUGUUACCUGACUACACAUGUAAGAAUCCACUCAGGAGAGAAACCCUUUGUCUGCUCUUUCUGUGGUAAAAGAUUUAGCCAAAAGUAUCACUAUACAGUUCAUAUGAGGAUUCACACAGGAGAGAAACCAUUCAGCUGCACUGUGUGUAGUCAAAAUUUUUUUCGAAAAUGUCAUCUCACUGAUCAUAUGAGAAUUCACACUGGAGAGAAACCCUUUAGCUGCUCCAAGUGUGGCAAAAGUUUUACCCAUAAUGGAAGUUUAAUCAAUCAUAUGUUCAUUCACACAGGAGAGAAACCAUUCAUCUGCUCCUUUUGUGGUAAAGGUUUUAACAAUAAUGGUAGUCUAACCAAGCAUCUGUUAAUUCACACAGAAGAGAAACCCUUUGGCUGCUCUGAGUGUGGUAAAAGAUUUAACAGAAAAUACAGCCUUACAGGUCACAUGAGAAUUCACACAGGAGAGCAACCCUUCAGCUGUGCUCAUUGUGGUAAAAGAUUUGCCCAUAAAGAAAAUAUGACCAAACACAUGAAAAUCCACUCAGGAUAGUAAUGUGUUGACUGUUAUUGAUGUGGGAAAAAAAUUAACAGCUUAGGAAGUAUGACUAAAAUCAAAACUCCACUUGGAGGAGAAGCCUUAGCUGUUCUGGGUGCAGUAAAGGAUCUUUUUACAGAUCUUAAGAUGAUUCACACAAGAGAAAAAAAAAGAUCUGUAAUGAAAAUCUGACAAAAGAAAAGAUCAUGUGACACUUCACAUGGUUACGAUGUAUGUUUGUGAUUG